UCAAAUAAAAUGGCCAAUGACCGGAGGGCGCAGUUUAAUGUGAACGUCACCAAACUCCCGCAAAUUAGCACCCACCGCCGUCCGAAAUUUCCAGUACAAGAGGCGUAAUUGUCUAGGGCUCCUCGGAAUUCACCUCCACACAACGGAAAUAAUUGCAUAUAUAGGCCAGAAUUCUGUAUAUAUAAACUUUUAUAGAUAUAUAUUUAUACUGGAAGAGAAUUUUGAUUUGCAGAACCGGAAAUGGUCAGAACUGUAAGCCAUGUUGAAGACGAGGAAACUCAUGAUAGCUCUUCUCCUAUAGCAGAGAGCAAGAGAGUUGAUCAGAAGGUGAACGCUUCACGUUCGAAGCAUUCAGAGACUGAGCAGCGCAGAAGAAGCAAAAUCAAUGAGAGAUUUCAAAUUCUGAGGGAUUUAAUACCAGAAAAUGAUCAAAAAAGAGAUAAAGCUUCAUUCUUAUUGGAGGUCAUACAGUAUAUCCAGUUUCUACAGGAGAAGUUGCAGAUGUAUGAGGGCUCUUGUCAAGGUUGGAGCCCGGAGCCCGCAAAGUUUUCACCAUGGAGAAUCAAUUCUGGGCCAGUUGAAAGCUAUGGAGAUCAAUCUCAGCUUGACAGGGAUUUAUCUGGUCAUGAAGACAAUGUUGUUCUCAACCCAACAGUGCUAAGUAAUGUACAGAAUUCAGUGGAAUCUGACCUGACUGGAUCUACUUUAUAUAGAUCAACAGAUAAUCCACCCAUGACAAUGAAAGCCCUUCCUCUCAACAUGCCACCGCAAGCUCCUGUAUUUGAAAGUAUGCCUCCCCAAUCCCACCCGGGAUCUUUUCCUGAUGCUGAGCAAUUGACCCAGCAGUCGCGAUCCCACUUUUGGCCAGGGAGAUCAUGUGGGAAUGAUUGUUCUGUUCCUAUUUAUGCAGCAAAUGAGGAAGAACUAAAGAGUGAGAAUGGAGAAGCAAGUAUUUCAAAUUCCUAUUCUCAAGGGCUGUUGAAUUCUUUAACAAAUGCACUACAGUCAUCAGGAGUGGAUUUGUCACAAACCAGCAUCUCGGUGCAACUUGAUAUAGGAAAACGAACAAAUGGCAGAAACACUAAUACAACCUUUAAUUUCAAGGACCCAGACGAUGCCUCUGGCCUAGACUAUGGAGCUCCUUUGAAUGACAUUGAGAAUUACGAACAUCCUCAGAAAAGGUUCAGAGCUGAUUAGACCUAGUUCCAUUGUUGAUUUUUGAUUUGGUAACAUUCCCAAUUUCUUUUGUUUUCCCUCUCUGUUUUUGGUAGAGAGGGAACGAGUUUCAGUGUCUUUCCGACAUCCACUUGAAAAGUCUGCCUGCAUCAAAUGUAGAUUGUAUAUGCUUCGUCAGUUGGAGCCUACAAAUCUUUGAACUUCCUCAAAUUUUUAUUCAUCUGCUGCAAGACGUUCUAGUGAAUUGACAGCAGAAAUUUUCUUCUUC